CGUCUGUUCCAGCACGAGCCACUCGCCGCCUCGCCUGAGUCUGACAGCCGAAGCUUGGGCCUAUUGGUGUGGGUCAGCCUCAGGCUGCAACGACGACGUUGGUGCCAAGACCAGAGAUGGGCUGCACGCGGCACGAGGCGAAAAGGAAGAACAUGGCCGAAGCAACUUCAGCACCAAACAUCGAACCAGCGAACCAACAACUGCAACACCACCCAUCACUGUCGUCAUCAGCAGCAAAGCCGGCAUACUUUUGUACAUCGACCCGAGCCCUCCCGACCGUCCCACCUGCCCUGUUUUCCGUUAAUUAGUACCGAUUCAAACCUGAGUCCGGCGUUGAAAAUGGGCGACGUCCUCGUCGAGAAAGCAGCCAACGAUGUCCAGCCCGUAAAGAAGGUCGUGCCAUCGACCAUCCCAAGCAUUGAGAACUUUGAGGGCGUACCAGUAGAAGGCAGCGAUGAGUAUGCGACCCUGAAGCGGCUUCAACGGCAGCUCGAGUACAUCCAGCUGCAGGAGGAGUACAUCAAGGACGAGCAGAGGAGCCUGAAGCGGGAGCUGGUGCGGGCCCAGGAGGAGAUCAAGCGCAUUCAGAGUGUUCCACUGGUCAUCGGCCAGUUCAUGGAGGCCAUUGAUCAAAACACCGGCAUCGUCCAGUCAAGCACCGGGUCCAACUACGUCGUCCGCAUCUUAUCGACGCUCGACCGCGAGCUUCUCAAGCCGUCUUCUUCAGUCGCCCUGCACCGCCACUCCAAUGCCCUGGUCGACAUCCUCCCGCCCGAGGCCGACUCCUCCAUCGCCAUGCUCGGCGCCGACGAGAAGCCCGACGUGACGUAUGCCGACGUCGGCGGCCUGGACAUGCAGAAGCAAGAAAUUCGCGAGGCCGUCGAGCUGCCCCUGACACACUUUGACCUCUACAAGCAGAUCGGCAUCGACCCCCCGCGCGGCGUGCUCCUCUACGGGCCGCCCGGAACAGGCAAGACGAUGCUGGUCAAAGCAGUCGCCAACUCAACAACAGCCAAUUUCAUCCGCGUCGUCGGCUCUGAGUUCGUGCAGAAGUACCUCGGCGAGGGCCCGCGCAUGGUGCGCGACGUGUUCCGCAUGGCGCGCGAGAACGCGCCGGCCAUCAUCUUCAUCGACGAGAUCGACGCCAUCGCGACCAAGCGGUUCGACGCGCAGACGGGCGCCGACCGCGAGGUGCAGCGCAUUCUCCUCGAGCUGCUCAACCAGAUGGACGGCUUCGACCAGACGUCCAACGUCAAGGUCAUCAUGGCCACCAACCGCGCCGACACGCUAGACCCGGCGCUGCUGCGGCCCGGGCGCCUCGACCGCAAGAUCGAGUUCCCAUCGCUGCGCGACCGCCGCGAGCGCCGCCUCAUUUUCACCACCAUCGCCAGCAAGAUGAGCCUGGCGCCCGAGGUCGACCUUGACAGCCUCAUUGUGCGCAACGACCCGCUCAGCGGUGCCGUCAUUGCCGCCAUCAUGCAGGAGGCCGGUCUGCGCGCCGUGCGCAAGAACAGGUACAACAUCAUCCAGGCCGACCUCGAGGAUGCGUAUAGCAGCCAGGUCAAGGGGACGACCGACGAGAACAAGUUUGAUUUCUACAAAUAGGCGCGAGGUUCGAGACGGGGAUGGUGGUUGAGGCGGAGAUGAAGAAGGGGUAGGGGAGCCAAAAGUCGUGGGUUGGGGUGGUGGGUGAUGGGGGUUUGGUAUGUACGAUGACUACGGUAGCUGCGAUAGAAGGCACCAGGUUACCGUCCAACGCGUGUCCUUCGCGUGGAGUCGAGAACAUGCGGACUCGUGAGCCGAGACGCUGUUGUAGCCUUUCCUUUUGCCCGGACAUGUAUGGGGGGACUGAAUCAAACAAACAGACACGACAUUGUCCCAACCAAGUAAUCCGAGAAACCAGCUCUCAUUAUCCAUUCACAUGUCACAUCUUGUCCUUCCAUCCAUCUAUGUAUGCAUCCUUCAAACUUUAUCCUACACAACCACCGAGGCUCUUUCCUCGGUCCCUGACCUGGGCCGUUCCGCCGCGACCACCCCAUUGCCGUCCCCAAGUCUAACAU